AAAAAAAAGGGGGAUUAAUAAAGGCCGCAACUCCCUUUGUUUUCUGUCUACUGUCUCGUCGUCUGGUCUUCUUCUGCCUCCGCUCCGCCGUCGCCGCCCAUGGCUUCCUCUAUGGCCGCCGCCUGCGCUGCCGCUGCAGCCUCCCUCUCGCCGCCGCAAUCGACGGCCCAGAGGCCGGGUUCCCAGGGCCGACUCCUCUUCCCCGGCGCGCCAGCCAGCUCCCGCUCCCUCCGGCUCCGUACCGCCGGCCGCCGCUCGCCGGCGACCCGCUCCUUGCGCCGGGCGAGCAAGGCUGUGGUUGCAGCGUUGGCUGACCCUCUCAAGGUCAUGAUAUCAGGGGCUCCCGCGUCCGGCAAGGGCACGCAAUGUGAGCUCAUCAAGGCCAAAUACGGUUUGGUGCACAUCUCUGCUGGAGAUUUGCUACGGGCGGAGAUCGCUGCUGGGUCCGAGAAUGGGAAGCAGGCCAAGGAAUACAUGGAGAAGGGCCAGCUGGUGCCUGAUGAGAUUGUAGUCAAUAUGGUUAAGGAACGCCUUUUGCAACCAGAUGCUCAAGAAAAUGGUUGGCUAUUGGACGGGUAUCCGAGAAGCUAUUCGCAGGCCAUGGCAUUGGAAACUCUUGAAAUCCGACCUGAUACUUUCAUUUUGUUAGAUGUUCCAGAUGAACUCCUUGUUGAAAGGGUGGUUGGAAGACGGCUUGAUCCUGUCACGGGGAAAAUAUAUCAUUUGAAGUAUUCUCCACCAGAGAAUGAAGAAAUUGCGUCAAGGCUUACACAGAGAUUUGAUGACACAGAAGAAAAGGUUAAGCUGAGGCUGCAGACUUACUAUCAAAAUGUUGAGUCAUUGCUAUCAACAUAUGACAAUGUUAUUGUCAAAGUGAAAGGAGAUGUCACAGUGGACGAAGUGUUUGCCGAGAUCGACAAGCAGCUGAGCUCUAUCCUGGACAAGAAAACAGAAACGGUGGCCAGCGCUUGAGUGGGUAAAAUCCGUGCAGGUCAGGCAUGCUCAUGUAAGAUGGCUCGCAUGAUAGCGAACUCCUCCAUUUAAAUGUGGUUGAAGCAUAGGAAUUUUGUACCAUGUGUUGUUGUACAAGAAUGGAGGUGGCGGAUCAUUCAUCGGGACGAGGACUUUAGAGAUCCUUUUUAGCAUGCGCUGCUGUACAUGGAUUAUUGCUGUCCUGCGAACAUGCACGUGUAAUGUGUUGUUUCUCAACUGGAGAAAUGGAUGAUGCAUUCAUUUUUUUUUUUUGGUUUGUUGUAUCAUGUUUUCGCAGUGUACUCUUCUAGUUUCAAAGAAAAAGCUUUGUCAUGA